ACUCGUUUCAGUCUACUGUUAGCAGUCGGGAAAAUCGCAUUAAAUGAAAAACAGCCUUUUUAUCGGUAUAUAAGCUAGAGUACAGAAGUUGUUCAAAUCUUCUGAAGAGUGAGGAAACAGAGUGUCUGGCACUUUUGUUGGAGUGGUUCAAAACCCUGCCGUUUAACAUAAAGUCUGCACUAAUAGGUAAAUCGAUCAAUCGCUUUGGUUUAGAUAACGGUUCGUCCAUUUUCGUCAGUUUGUUAUGAUAAGCAGAAAAAUCCAGCGGAAAAACUCCAGCAACCCUCAACAACAGUCACUGGGUAGCCGUGCUACGGGUGUAUUCGUCAUAUGUGCAGUUUUUUUAUUCCGUACGUACAGUAGCGCGUAGGUACACAGAAGUAUCGGCUAAUUGUGUUAUAUCGAUUUUUCGUAGCGUUUGUUAAGUUUCAAGUUUCUCGGUUCCGGCUAGAUCGGGUCAGUGUGAAGAAGCGAAGCUCUAACAGGAAAAGGUGCGUAGCGUAAGGGCCGAAAUUAAUUCUGUUGUGUUGUGUCAUUGCUUUUUCGUUACUGAAAACAAAUUUUGUGGCACUCUGCUUCGAACGGGGUUAACUACCGUGUAAGCACAAUUAUUUAGUUCAGUUCAAUAUUGCGCAACACGAAGCAAUUUACAGCUAGAUGUGUUAUUGGAGGUAACAGGUGAUGUUUGUCAAAUAUUGAAACAGUUGGCCACCGAAACAUAAAUCGAGUACUGGACGCAGCUCAGUGACGCUGUUGUAAAUUUUGUAAAUGCUUUUACCAUAAGUUAUUCAAACGCAAUAAUUCCAUGCAGUUUCGAAAGCAUUCGAAAAUAUUAUAUCAAAAAGUAAUCUCGAAAAGUUACAACGUGAAAUAGUUAUACCCAUCCUUUGGAAGGCAUUCUAGCAGAAACUUGUGUAUAUAGCGUGCAUGAAUGUGGCGGUAUUACGAAAAACAAGUUCGACUAAAUCCAGUAUCGUGAGAAUCAUAACGUUGGAGGCGUAUAAUGCAGUAGUAUUCUAGUCUCAGUUUCAAUACAAAACAUCAACCUAAGUGGAGAGUUGUAUUUGAAUGCAAUCAUCGUUAUCGCAGCAGUGUAAAAAGCUUGAAACCAGAAAGUGCGACUAAGUGUACAGAAAAAGCGUUUACGAUCCGACGUCGCUGCAUAUCUGGAAAAACAGCUAGUUUAAUCUUAUAUACCUAAUAAAAAAAAUAAUAAAAAUAAAGAAACUAUUCCGUUCUGCAGCAAUAGUUGUUUCUUUAGUUCGUUCUGCUUCCUUAGAAUCAGUGAGAAAAAGUGAAGAAAAAAUAAACAGAUAAUAGCAUAACUAAUCGCGAAGAAGGUAAAUAAACUAAAGCAUAGCCAUUCAAUUCGAAACAGAGUGGAGAAAUCCGGCGAAAAACGUGAAAAGAAGUGAAUCGUAGCAGAAGUGCAGAAUUGUUCGGAAACGACGAGAAGUGAAUAAGUAAGCAGCAGUUCCCGAACGGUGCACAGUUUCAAUCAAAAUAUUUUUACCCGGCCUGACGCGAAGCAGAUUCAUAGCUCGCGAAAAAAAAGUACGGCAUUUUUAAUUCCAGUCCGGCGAGCGAACGUUUCGCAUUAGCGUGAUUUUGCUCUGUUUCGCCACCUGACCCCCCCCCCCCCCUCUACCCAACACUAGAGCCAGUAUAGCAGUCGAGCUGACUGCAGGAAACUCGGCGCUUGGAAUAUUCAACUGCCAGCACCAGCCGCCAGCCAGUUCGAUCGUAUUCGCUGGGAAAUCCAAUUACAUUCGGACUUUGGAUCGGCACAUGGUGUUCGAUUCAAUAGUGCGUCCAUAAAUUCCGUCACCAUUUCGUCGACAGUGGUGAAACGAAGGCCAGCGCCGCAAAUCACGGUAGCGAGCGCCCCACAAGUCCUAUCGCCAAAGAGACUGUGCACGACACCGCUGGCCGGUGCAGCAACGAUUCCGACACUAGGUACCUGUCUAGUAUCUGCACAUCCUCAGGCUCCGGCUGCAGCCGCCGCAGCCGCUGCAGCUCUGUUGCAACACCAUCAGGCCCAGGCGGCCCAUCAUCAGUUUCAACAGCAGCAACAGCAGCAGCACCAACAACAACAGCAACAACAACAGCAACAGCAACAGCAGCAGACUAGACUCCAAGGUCAGCAUCACCAUCACCACCAGCAGUUGCUAGAAUCUGCCUCUGGAGCCCCUGUCCAGCAACAGCUAGUAUCGGUUCCACUAGUAAUCACAUCCAGCAGUAGCAGCAGUCACCAGCAACAACCGAUGUUCACAUCGCCAAUUGUCGCCCAAUCGAAUCCGGCUGUCAGUACACAGUCCAUCAACGGUUCACUUAACGUGAACACGGCCAACAAUAAUCACAACCUCGGACAAACGCAGAACAGUCUCACCGGCAGCAACGCAAAAAUGGAUAACUCAAUGGGACAGAUGACUCCGAUGGCACCGUUGGCGCUCUCCCAGAGCAUGGAUUCAGUGAACACGGCUAGCAACGAAGAAGAGGUGCGCACUCUAUUCGUCAGUGGGCUGCCAAUGGAUGCGAAACCCAGAGAACUCUACCUUCUAUUCAGAGCUUACGAGGGCUACGAAGGAUCACUGCUGAAAGUUACCAGCAAAAACGGCAAGACAGCAUCGCCGGUCGGCUUUGUCACGUUCAGCACACGCUCGGGCGCCGAGGCGGCAAAACAGGAUCUGCAGCAAGGUGUACGCUUCGAUCCUGAUAUGCCCCAAACAAUACGCUUGGAAUUCGCCAAGAGUAACACUAAAGUGAGCAAACCAAAACCACAACCUAAUACAGCGGCCACAGCUGCACAUCCUGCAUUGAUGCACCCACUUACCGCUGGACGUACUCCAUUUUUUCCUGGGGGCCACGAAUUAUGGCAUCAUCCGUUAGCGUUCUCGGCGGCAGCCGCUGAACUGCCGAGCGCUGCCGCGCUGCAGCAUGCAACCCUCGUCCAUCCGGCACUGCAUCCUCAGGUCCCGGUGCGGUCCUACCUCUGACUAAAUACGGACAAAGUCCUCGAGCAGCAGUCAAUGCACCAAGGGAGCGGGUUUGGAGCCAAGAAUGGAACACCAUUUGGGGAAGAAGAGUGAACGAACCGAUCUCAAUACGUAUUUAAUGGCAACGACAUGACCCCAUCAACAGCAACAGCAGCAGCAGCAACAACAACAACAGCAGCAGCAGCAGCAGCAACAGCAUCAUCAACAAAGCCAUCAUUUACAAGCGACGAACCCUUUCGUCGAUAGCUCCUACAGCAGCGGAACAUGCGGAAAUGGACUUGGAUUCAGU